AUGGGUAAGCGAUUCUCCAAGCAAAGGCACAAACCCCGUUUCACGAAGGUCCAAAUCCCAUGGCUUAUUCGAGGCGUCAUCCGUAGUAACAACCUGGAGAGCAUGCAAUAUCUCCUUAGUUACCCCAACGAUGUCAAUCCAUGUGUGGUAAUUGACGGUGUCUGUCCUCUUAACCUCGCUAUUGAGUUGGGCCAUCUCCAAAUGGUCAAACUAUUAAUAAAGGCUGGCGCAGAUAUCCAUGUUUCUGAUUGUCCACGCUACCCACUUCACCAAGCAGCUCUUUACGGUCGCGCAGCGAUCGCGGAACUGUUGAUAAAUUCGGGUGCAAAGGUGACUGCUCUGACGGAGAGGCAUCAAUCCUGUCUCCAUCUCUUAGCCGGUCAAUCCACGGAAAGGUAUGUGGAAACUGCGAAAGUACUUCUCAAAUAUGGCUGUGAUCCGAACAAUCUUGAUGAUGACGGGAUGGCACCUCUGCAUCUAGCUUCAGUUGAAAUUGCGGAGGUUCUGGCGAUGGAAGAAACUACGGAUCUCAAUAUUUUGAGCCAAGCUGGUGACACACCUCUUCUUGUUGCCUCCAAGGAUCGUAAAGAAGGUCUCCUCCUAACUCUUCUUCGUAUUGAAGAAGAACACAAGUCUAAAGCGGCAGCUGCCGCGAUCCUAUCUGCUCCCAUUAACACGUCUCUCAGCACUUUCACAACCACCUCGUUAGCCCUAGGCUCGGGUUCCAGUUCCUCUUCACCCAAUCGUCGUUUCGGGUGGACCUCUAAGGUAUUUAGAACUGCCUCUGCAGCCGCUGCUGCGUCUAACUCUAUCACUGCUGCUGAUGUGGUUUCACCAUUGGACAACACAUCCAUCCGCCAUGGCAAUCGUCUGCUGUCCUCCACUAACUUCAGAAAUUGCUUGUCGGCAACGUCAGUAUGGAACUUCAAUUCCUUGACUGGAAGGAAUUCUAGCUUUCGGGGACUGGUAGCUGGAGGCAAAAAGAAAAACACCACCUCACUAGAGGUCAUUCCAGACUCCUCUUCCCCAGCCACUUCUAACAAGCCAGCUACCGUGAAGCCUCCUGCAUCUCGUCUUAAUCUGAAUCAAGCAGAUAAUGUUGGCAUGACGCCGUUGAUGCUCUGCGCUGAAGCGGGUCAAAGUGGAUUUCGAAUGGUCUUUGGUCUAGUCUCUGCAGGUUGCGACAUCUCUGCGGUGGAUAAAAUUGGCAUGACAGCUCUCCACUACGCUUGCUACGUUGGUGCUGUCCCGACAGUUCGGUUUUUGCUUGAGGAGGCUCUUGAAAUUUCCAAUAAAAGGGCUUGUGACAUCCUUAAUCUUCAGGCAACUUGCAUUUUUACUUCCCAGGAUCGUUUCGGGCGAACACCUAUUUACCUUGCAACGUGUCGAGGCCAUACUCCCGUUGUCGACUACCUUCUUACUUGCAACGCCGACAUCCACAUUCCGAAUAAGGAGCUCAAGUCGCCUCUCUACAUUGCCGCAAAUUUUGGUCAUCUCAACAUUGUCAACGCUCUCUUACGGCAUGGAGCUCAGGUGAACCAGGCGGAUUCGCAUCAGAAGACACCACUGUACGUGGCCACGUAUCAUGGUCGGUCAGACAUCGUGUCUCUGCUGCUUGCGGCCCAUGCAGAUGUUAAUGCGGCGGAGAUGAAUGGACGAACACCACUCUAUGCUGCGGUCCUUCAUGGUCAUCUCGAUCUUGCCGCAAAAUUACUCUCUCAUGGUGCUGCUGUCAAUCGACCGGACAAAGAUGGUCUUGGACCCCUUCAUAUGGCGGUGAAAUUUCCAAAGCUUGAUCUACCCAUGGUUCGCUUACUACUACGACAUGGAUGCGACCCUGUUAACCUGGCCGCAUUCACUCGAUGGCUGAUGCAACAUGGUGUUCUCUCUGAGUCCUCGCUUGUCUCCUCCACUGGUCAAUCAGACGCAUGGCUUAGCGCUUGGCUACACAAUGAGGAGUCAAAUGUGCGUUCAUUAAAGCGUCUCUGCCGAGCUCGAAUUCAAGCCCAGCUGGGGGGAUCGGGAUCUUCGGGCACCACUGCGCGGAUUCGUUGCUUGCCACUGCCGCCUCAGCUGAGGGAGUUUGUCUCGUUGAAGGCUCUCUAA